CUGGUAACUAUAUUACCAUGGAAACUCGGUUCAACUUUGUUCAAUUCAUAUGCAAAAUCAGCUUUUCUCUACUUGCCAAAUGAGGAGUGAAUUUCUCCGCUGGACUUUGGCGUACCGCUCAGCAGCUGCAUGCUAGAAAACAAGGAGAUCAGAGAGAGGUGCAGUACAUAGAGUUUUGCAGCCAUCAUCUUGCGAAGGACGGCAGCCCUGACACAACCGGCGUGUGAAACGUGCAGAUGAAGGAAUCAGCCUGGGGACAAUAAAAGACCAGCUUAGGAAUGAAUUCCACAAAGAACCAGACCAUCAGCUACCAGUUAUGGGACCACGCAAGCACCCUCAACAUCACAGAGUAUAAUUCUUCUGUAACAUUCCAAUCCCAGUUCUCUGCAGUGAUAGAUCAGGUGAUUGGUGGUGUCACCAUCAUCAUCCUCUUCAUCACCAUGAUAUCCCUGGGCUGCACGAUGGAGGUCGCCAAGAUCCAGGAGCACAUCGCCAAGCCCAAAGGAGUGGUCAUCGCCAUAGUGGCACAGUAUGGCAUCAUGCCCCUCUCAGCCUUUACCUUUGCCAAGAUCUUCCAGCUGGGACCUGUAGCAGCCAUGACUGUGUUGAUCUGCGGCUGCUGUCCAGGGGGAAACCUGUCCAACAUUUUCACCCUGGGCCUCCAGGGUGACAUGAACCUGAGCAUCCUGUUGACUACGUUCUCCAACGUCAUGGGUUUGGGAAUGAUGCCCUUACUCCUGUACGUGUACUACCAGGGCAUCUUCAGCCUGGAGAGUGCCGUUCCUUACGGCGGCAUCACCCUGGCACUGGUGCUGACCCUCAUCCCCUGUGCCAUUGGGAUCGCCAUCAACCACUGGGCACCUCGCUUUUCCCCCAUCAUCAUCAAGGUUGGUCUCAGCACCUUAUCGGUCACCGCCAUUGUGAUCUUCAUCCUGUGUGGCAUCGAGGUUAGAGAUACAAUUGGCCUGGUCCUGUCACCUCCAUUGGUGGCCACGGCGGCUCUCAUGCCAGUAAUCGGCUUCCUCUUUGGCUACAUGAUGGCCUUUAUAUUCAAUCUCAACCAGCAGUGUAGGAGGACCAUUGCUAUGGAGACCGGCUGUCAAAAUGUCCAGCUCGGCACCACCAUCCUGAAGGUAGUGUUCCCUCAUGAGAUCAUCGGACCCCUCUUCCUGUUCCCCUUGAUCUACGUCACUUUCCAGGCUGGUGAAGCUGUACUGCUGACCAUCCUGUUCAGGUGUUACCAAAGGUUCAAGACACCCAGCAAGAAGAAAACCGUGUAUGUGACUGUGAACACAGAGGAAGUGGCAUCAGUCUAGGAGUGGACAGUCGUUCAGUUGAUGGGUGGAGUCACUGCCCCCCCUCCCCCACCAGGAGCUACUUUCAAGCCAAAAUGUAGCAACAACAAAUAUUCCAAGAGCAGCCACAGACAUUAAGUGACCAUGUUUGGAUGGCUUGUUUUUAAUCUGUGAUCUGUACAAUACUACCUCCAGGAAAAAUCUAGACCGAACAUCUUAUAAUAAUAAGAUAAUAAUAAGUUCAUUCUAUACAUAGUAUCACAGACAUUCUAAAUCCAAUUUUCACUAGUAUAACUUGUAGUAUAUCGUAGUUCAAUACACCUGGAACGACAAUGA